CAUUCGGUGGUGACUUGGGCGCGCGCAGCAGCACUUUGAAGCCUCUCGUGAGCUCUUUUUUUCUCCGGUGAGUUCGUCGCUUUUUGUCACUCCUGCGCGCGGGGCGUUGAUGGUGUUCUCCGGUUCUGCUGCUACGACCCCGGUACCGUCUAUCUGGACCUGGACCCGUCCCCCCCCCCGGUAGUGUCUCUUUGGACCCGUCCCCCCGGUACUGUGUCCACGGUUCCGUCGUCCCGGACCGCCGGUAACCGGCUCAGACAUGGUCCUGCGCGGCCCGGUGCUGCUGUCACUCAUCUGCAUUGGACUCACGGCGGGAGUACCGGACGGAGCGGGAGUACCGGAGGUUGAAGUGGUCGACGUCCUGCGCCUCCAGGACCCCAAGCAGAUGGCGGCAGCGGUGGAGAGGCUGUCCGUGGGUCUGAGCGCGCUCACUGACGUCUACGUGGCGUCCACCUUCCGCCUGCCGGCCAAGCUGGGCGGAGUCCUGCUGGGCGUCUACAGCAAGCAGGACAACAGGAAGUACCUGGAGGUGGCCGUCAUGGGGAAGAUCAAUAAAGUGGUGGUCCGUUACGUCCGAGCUGAUGGGAAGCUCCACACGGUGAACCUCCACAGCGCUCACCUGUCAGACGGGAGGACCACCUCCAUCAUCUUGAGAAUCGGAGGUCUUCGGCGUGACAACAUGAACAUGGAACUCUACGUUAACUGCCGAUUGUCCGACUCCAGCCAGGGCCUCCCGUCAUUGGUCGACCUGCCCAGGGAGGCGGAGCUGGUGGAAUUCAGACACGGACAGAAGGCCUAUGGACGGAUGCAGGGUGCAGUUGAGUCCCUCAGACUGGCUCUAGGCGGCACUGUGGCUAAAGCUGGGGCUCUGAUGGACUGUCCCUUCCAAGGAGACGCUUCAACCUACAAUGCAGUGAGUGGGGACAUAAACUCCAUCCUGGGUGAUCACACCAAGGCUCUGAUUGGUCAGCUCAUAAUCUUCAACCAGAUCCUGGGAGAACUAAGACAAGACAUCAGAGAACAGGUGAAGGAGAUGUCUCUGAUCAGAAACACCAUCUUGGAGUGUCAGGUCUGUGGUUUCCAUGAGCCUCGUUCUCGCUGCUCUCCUGACCCCUGCUACAAAGGUGUUUCCUGUAUGGAGAGUCUCAACUAUCCUGGGUUCACCUGUGGACCCUGCCCACCUGGGACCACCGGCAACGGGACACACUGUCAGGAUGUGGACGAGUGUGAGCUCCAGCCUUGUUUCUCCCCUGACUCCUGUGUGAACACUGUGGGGGGGUUCAUCUGUCACCCCUGUCCUCCUGGACUGUGGGGGGCACCGCUCUCUGGAAGUGGAAUGGACUAUGCCAAGGCACACAGACAGGACUGUGUGGAUAUUGACGAGUGUUUGGAUCUGCCAGAUGCCUGUGUGAUGAACUCAGUGUGCAUCAACACCGUGGGUUCAUACAAGUGUGGAGGCUGUAAACCCGGUUUCCUGGGUAACCAGACGCUGGGAUGCUUCCCCAGGCAGUCGUGUGCUGCGUUGACCUAUAACCCCUGUGACAGCAAUGCCCACUGCACCAUGGAGAGGAACGGAGAGGUGGCCUGUAGGUGUAACGUGGGCUGGGCCGGUAAUGGUAACACUUGUGGACCGGACACAGACAUUGACGGUUACCCCGACCGCCCCCUUCCCUGCAUCGACAACCACAAACACUGCAAACAGGACAACUGCGUCUCUACACCAAACUCCGGUCAGGAGGACGCCGACAACGACGGGAUCGGAGAUCAGUGUGACGAGGACGCCGACGGGGACCGCAUCAAAAACGUGGAGGAUAACUGCCGGCUGGUCCCGAACAAAGACCAGCAGAACUCUGACACUGACUCCUUCGGAGACGCCUGCGAUAACUGUCCCAGCGUCCCCAACAUCGACCAGAAAGACACUGACAGCAAUGGACAGGGGGACGCCUGUGACCAGGACAUCGACGGGGACGGUAUUCCCAACGCUCUGGAUAACUGUCCUAAGGUGCCUAACCCGAUGCAGACGGACCGGGACAGGGACGGCGUGGGGGACGCAUGUGACAGUUGUCCUGAGCUCAGUAACCCCAUGCAGACGGACAUCGACAACGACCUGGUGGGAGACGUCUGUGACACCAACCAGGACAUGGACGGAGAUGGUCUCCAGGACAGCAGAGACAACUGCCCCGACAUCCCCAACAGCUCCCAGCUGGACUCUGACAACGAUGGCCUCGGAGACGACUGCGACCACGACGACGACAACGACGGGGUCCUCGACGACUACGACAACUGUCGACUCAUCGUCAACCCCAACCAGAAAGACUCUGACGUGAACGGUGUGGGGGACGUUUGUGAGAACGACUUUGACAACGAUGCGGUGAUGGAUUUGGUUGACGUUUGUCCGGAGAGUGCCGAGGUUACUCUGACAGACUUCAGAGCCUAUCAGACGGUGAUCCUGGACCCAGAGGGCGACGCCCAGAUCGACCCCACCUGGGUGGUUCUUAACCAGGGCAUGGAGAUAGUCCAGACCAUGAACAGCGACCCAGGCUUAGCUGUCGGCUACACCGCCUUUAAUGGCGUGGACUUUGAAGGCACCUUUCACGUCAACACCGUCACCGACGACGACUACGCCGGCUUCAUCUUCGGGUACCAGGACUCGUCCUCCUUCUACGUGGUGAUGUGGAAGCAGACGGAGCAGACCUACUGGCAGUCGGUCCCCUUCAGGGCCACGGCCCAGCCCGCCCUGCAGCUCAAGGCGGUGAAGUCCAGGACCGGACCUGGGGAGUACCUGAGGAACGCACUUUGGCACACCGGAGACACCUCUGGAGAGGUGAAGCUGCUCUGGAAGGACCCACGGAACGUGGGCUGGAAGGACAAGACCUCCUACCGCUGGCACCUGAGCCACCGGCCCCAGGUGGGCUACAUCAGGGUGCGGCUGUUUGAGGGGACCGACAUGGUGGCGGACUCUGGCGUGGUGGUGGACACGUCCAUGAGGGGAGGCCGACUCGGAGUCUUCUGUUUCUCCCAGGAGAACAUCAUCUGGUCAAACCUGCGCUACAGGUGUAAUGACACAGUGCCAGAAGACUUCCAGACACAUCGUAAACAAUUUAUGAUGCACAUCCAGCUGUGAGAGGGUUACACACACACACCAACACACACACACACACCACCGGACUACAGGUGUGGAACGUCCGUUUCUGUACAGGAUCGAUUAAAAAAGACACAAACAUCAGAGGUCCCAUUAAAUUAUGUUUAUUUGUCUUUUUGUUGAGUUUAUCCAAAAACACUUGUCUCCUGUCAUCCGAUGACACCUUGGGGACAUGAUGGAAGGUCGUAGGUGUCCAUCAUCAUCCUCCUUCACGCAGUCCAUUAUAUCGUUUCAAAAAUAAAAGCUUUCAGAUAAGAUAAUAAGGAGAUUUUAUUGUGGAAAAAGUAUAGAAAAUUGGUUCACUACCAAAUUAGCAGAGCUUUUGUUGUGAAGAAUUCUAAUUAGCUUGAUGAGGACUAGUCCCACUGAAUUGUCCAGUGUGGACUCACAUGAGUCAUCAGAUCAUUAGAGACAAGUUUCACCUUUAACCUGUUUCCGUGUCUUUUAUCAAUGUUCCUAUCUUUGUUGAAAUAAACACGCGGCCUUGA